GGUUCAAGGUCGUACUCGAACUCUGCAUGGUGCGUCUGUGACUGCUGCAGCACGACAUGAGUCCCACGAGGGGCAACGAAGUCCGGCAAGGCCGAGUGCCAGUCUUAAGCCUCAAGUUCCUUCCCGCCUUCUUUCUAGGUACGUUUCAAUUCACACGCCCCCAGUUCACCAUCAUCGUCCCAUCCCAUCCCAUCCCGUCCGACGACCCGGACUCUUUCCCGCGAUAGAAAACCGUUUCCCAGCCAUCGUCAAAUAUGGAUUUCCUCGGCGCUGCGAGCGCGAUUGUCAGUCUUGCGAAGGAUCUCGUCUCCGUCGUCGAGAAGUCACGGGAAACAAUCAAGAGCAUCCGAAACGCGGAGGAGAAUUGGAAAGACAUCACAGAGAUAGAUAUCAUAUCGCGGAUCGAAUUCAUAGUCAAUGAGGUUAGGUACUUGACCGCCGACACCGACUUGGGUAUGCCACAGGAAAUCGGCACCUUGAAAAGGAUGAGAGAAGAGUUGGAGUCGAGCUCAAGGGCCUUCCGGGACGACGCGAGCAAUGCGGAACCAACAGGGCGUCGUCAAUGUGUCAUGUUUGGGAUUCGGACCGAGAAGGAGUUGCGUGAGAAGCUCGUGGGGCUUGAGACGAGCGCUCAAAAUCUCGUUCGUUGGCUCAGGGACAAAGAUGUCCUAGACCGGCUGAAGGAAAGUGCCAAGGUUCGAGAGCUAGCUGGACACGUUUUCGUGCCUAAGCAGGGGAUGCCGGAAAUAUCUGUGACCGGCGCAGACCACUGCCGCGUCGUGGAAGCAGGGUACCAGCCUGUUUCUUCCCAACCGGCGAUGGUAGUGAGGGUGCUCGCUGAAGAGAUCGGCCACCGGGAGGACGGCAUGGCCAUCUUGACGAGGCUGCUCCGCAAGAGUGACCAUAACCCCAGUGCAGAUAUCACCCUGAACCAGACCCGCCUCCAAUGUCUCGGCUUCGUGGCAGGUCGGCUCAUGUUCAGACUCCCAGAGCAUGCCGACGAUCCACGAACACUGCGGACAAGGAUGCUUGAGGAGAACGGUUCGAACAAGCCAAAGAUCGCACUGAGUGAGCGUUUUGCCAUCGCCCGUCAGCUUGUCGACGCUGUGGUCAAGCUCCAUGCCACCGGCGUCAUGCACGAGAACCUGCGCAGUGAUACGGUUCUUUCGGUCCGCCUCAAGCCGGCGAGCGGUGAUGGCAGUGCUGCCGCCACAGCCGACCCUCCUCCAGCCCCAGCCCCCGAGGCGGCGAGGAGCAGUUCCGCUCGUGGCGGCGCUAGGGGUUUAUGGAGAAGAAUGUCGUCUGGGUCGCUUCGAGCACAGCGACGCGGUAACAAGGACGAUGAUGGUAAUGCUCGAAAUGACAGUGGGACUGAGGAACAACGCGGCCGCCGCAGAUCCGAUAGCCUCGGCAGACCUUCGUCGAGAAUUAUUCGCCGAUCGAGCCGAAAGGGCGAGAGGAAAGAGGAGCGGGUUGAAGCCAAGCCGGCUGCUCGAAGUCCUUUCGCCGUGGUUCUGACGCGGUGGUCGCAAGCCCAAGACUGCGGCGCUAUUCCAGCGAGCUCGAUUCCGCCCGAGGAUGACUGGCAUCUCAAGGUGUACCGUCAUCCACAGCAACAGGUGAAGCAAGAGGGGCAGCCAGCGUCGCAGGCGGAUGAUUGUUAUAACUUUGGCCACGAUAUCUACGCACUCGGGGUAUGCCUGCUCGAGAUUGGGCUGUGGCGUCCCCUCGUCCAGCUGGCCCAUGAUGGCACCGCCGUGACUGCCAUCUGCACUCCCCUCCUUAAAUCGGCAGGUGCCGACGCGGUCACCGACUGGCUAGGGUGUGAGCUAGCUGAGGCGCUUCGCGCUGAGGGAUCGAGGAAAGUGGAAAAGGCGGUGGCGACGGCUCUCGGAAAAGACGCGAUUCUCAACGCUCCGAAAUUACUACGGGACUCAGUCGUACGGUCUCAUAUAGGGGGUGAUGAUGGAGCGCGAGGAAUGGUGGCGAGUAUCCUUGGAACGAAUUUGAAGGAGGCGUUCAGGGAGGAUCCUAACCGCGAUGGAUUUUCCCGUCGGUUUAUUAAGCGAGCCGUGGUGAAGGUGUUUCGGGGCUUCACUUUCGGCACAAAUGGCGACGUUGAGGUUAUCUUGGAGAACCUUGACAGGCUGAAGGCGGCGAUAGAUUCGGUUAUAAAAACCGCUGUGGACGACUUUGCUAAGGCGGCAUUCUCCAAGUGGGAGAACAGCUCACAGGGCAAUGGCAUUACGACCGAGGUCUACGAAACAGCACGCGACAGGAUGCGCAAUUGUUUGCACCAGACGGGAGUCGUAUGGAGUCCGAGAGCGGAGGAGAUGGUUCACCUCGUCCAAAGUCUCAUUAACUCGAUAGAAGAAACCAGCGCGAGUCUUGGAGGAGGGAUGGUUACAGCCGAAACGGUCCUGGACGCUGUCAUGACCGGGCGAAAUAGGGAAAAUGGGGAAAACGGGGUUGUCGGGGCCCGCCAGGCUGAAAUCAACAACUUGCUGAAGGAACCAAGGGGCGGGGCGGCCUUGACUCGCGCCCUAGUUACACUUGCCGAGAGGGAUUUACCUGGAGACAUGGACUAUGCUUACAGAGAUAUUGUGGUCAGGUGUCUCCAGUGCCUUGACGACGGGGUCGGCUUUAUCUUGAAGCAUAAGGGUGUCUUGGGGAGGGUGGGCCGAAAAGAGGCGUGUGACGACAUGGAGGAGAAGGUUGUUAAGCCGCUGGCGGCCGCGUGGCCCUGUUUAGCUAGCUAGGUAAGUAGUGCCUUAUGCACUCGAGGUUCAACGGGACACUCGCGCCAUGAUCGUGUUGUUUGAAAGGGGGCUGGGAACAAUGAAGAGGGCACAAAGAAUCACAGGCCACACCCAUUACAAUGGUAAUUAGCCGUAUCCCAGAUCAGAGAAUGCAUGGGAGACAAAGUACAAGGUUCUCAGUACAAAUACGCUAUGUUUGUUCUGUAUCUAAUCAUGGACAGAGGUAGGUACUUGCCUGGGUAGGUAGUCAACUAGAUAUUUGGUAAUCUUCGUUGUUUUACA